AUGUCUUCGGGAUUUUCCGCAAACCAGUUUGACGGCGCCUUCAAGUCCCAGAGGCUGCAGAACUGGGGUCCGCCAAAGCAGUUCAAAGAGAGACCUACAGCCAAAUUGGGACAAACCAGCAUCAUUGUGGAUGACAGAGGCCAUUUACUCCCAGGAUUUAAGAUGAGAGACAGUUCUUGGCCAGACUUCAAAGGCACGUGGGAUCUUCCAGCCCGCCUCCCGGCUCACAGUGUCUGCCCUACAGCACGGUCAGAGCAGGGUCUGAGGCGCCUAAGGGCCUGGGGAGUGACCACACCGCGCAUUACUGAUCCUCCAGCAGAGAGCAGCACAGACACGCAGGCACAGGACGCCAGCACGCAGCAGGUGGGGGAUGUGUGGAAGAUGACGUGUUUAGACACCUGUAGGCUGUAG